GCCCAGGGGCGGGGCGCCGGCCGAUCCUGGCGGCCACGGCUCCAUGGGGCUCUUGGGGCUGCUCAGCCUGCUGCACUCGACCUUCUUCGGGGACCAGUCACUACAGGAACUGAAGAUGACGAGUUCUGUGGCAUCUUACGAGCAGCUUGUGCGGCAGGUGGAGGCCUUGAAGGCCGAGAACAGUCACCUGAGGCAGGAGCUACGGGACAACUCCAGCCACCUGUUCAAGUUGGAAACAGAGACAUCUGGCAUGAAGGAGGUUCUGAAGCACCUACAGGGUAAGCUGGAGCAAGAGGCACGAGUGCUGGUGUCCUCUGGGCAGACAGAGGUCCUGGAACAGCUGAAAGCCCUGCAGAUGGACAUCACCAGCCUGUACAAUCUCAAGUUCCAGCCGCCUGCUCUGGACCCAGAGCCUGUCACCCGGACCCCCGAGGGAAGCCCAGUACAUGCCUCUGGACCCUCUAAAGACAGUUUUGGGGAGCUGAGCCAGGCUACCAUCCGGCUGCUGGAGGAACUAGACCGGGAACGGUGUUUCCUAUUGAAUGAAAUUGAGAAAGAGGAGAAGGAAAAGCUCUGGUAUUACUCACAGCUUCAGGGUCUGUCCAAGCGCCUGGAUGAGCUGCCGCACGUGGAGACGCAGUUCUCGAUGCAAAUGGACCUGAUCCGACAGCAGCUGGAGUUUGAGGCCCAGCACAUCCGUUCGCUGAUGGAGGAGCGUUUCGGCACCUCAGACGAGAUGGUGCAACGGGCACAGAUCCGCGCUUCGCGCCUGGAGCAAAUAGACAAGGAGCUGCUGGAGGCGCAGGACCGGGUGCAGCAGACGGAGCCUGAGGCUCUAUUGGCAGUGAAGUCAGUGCCAGUGGAUGAGGAUCCUGAGACAGAGGUCCCUGAGGACAGCACCCCUCAGCUGGGCAACAGCAAGGUAGAAGUGGUCUUCUGGCUGCUGUCCAUGCUGGCAACGCGUGACCAGGAGGACACAGCACGCACUUUGCUCGCCAUGUCCAGCUCGCCUGAGAGCUGCGUGGCCAUGCGCCGCUCUGGCUGCCUGCCCCUACUGCUGCAGAUCCUGCAUGGUGCGGAGACCAUGGCUGGGGGUCGCACUGAAACCCCUGGUGCUCCAGGCGCUAAGGAUGCGCGCAUGCGUGCCAAUGCAGCACUGCACAACAUUGUCUUCUCACAGCCAGACCAGGGCCUGGCACGCAAAGAAAUGCGUGUCCUGCAUGUGCUGGAGCAGAUCCGUGCUUACUGUGAGACCUGCUGGGACUGGCUGCAGGCCCGUGACAGUGAGCCCGAGGGUGGCAGCAAUGGUGGUGCCCCCAUCCCCAUCGAGCCACAGAUCUGCCAGGCCACCUGUGCAGUGAUGAAGCUGUCCUUUGAUGAGGAAUACCGCCGUGCCAUGAAUGAACUAGGUGGGCUGCAGGCUGUGGCGGAGCUACUGCAGGUGGACUAUGAGAUGCAUAAGAUGACUCGGGAUCCGCUGAACCUAGCCCUGCGCCGCUAUGCAGGCAUGACCCUCACCAACCUCACUUUUGGGGAUGUUGCCAACAAGGCCAUGCUGUGUGCACGCCGUGGCUGCAUGGAGGCCAUUGUGGCCCAGCUGUCCUCUGAAAGUGAAGAGCUCCACCAGGUGGUAUCCAGCAUCCUGCGCAACCUGUCCUGGAGGGCUGACAUCAACAGCAAAAAAGUGCUGCGAGAAGUUGGCAGCAUGACGGCCCUGGUGCACUGCGUCCUGCGGGCCACCAAGGAGUCCACCUUGAAGAGUGUACUCAGUGCCCUGUGGAACCUGUCGGCCCACAGCACAGAGAACAAGGCAGCCAUCUGCCAGGUGGAUGGUGCCCUUGGCUUCCUGGUGAGCACACUGACCUACAAGUGCCAAAGCAACUCCCUGGCCAUCAUAGAGAGUGGUGGCGGCAUCCUGCGCAAUGUGUCCAGCCUCAUUGCCACUCGUGAGGACUACAGGCAGGUGCUGCGGGACCACAACUGCCUGCAGACGCUGCUGCAGCACCUGACCUCGCACAGCCUGACUAUCGUGAGCAAUGCCUGCGGCACACUCUGGAAUCUGUCAGCCCGCAGUGCACGUGACCAGGAGCUGCUCUGGGACCUGGGCGCAGUGGGCAUGCUGCGCAACCUGGUGCACUCCAAGCACAAGAUGAUUGCCAUGGGUAGCGCUGCUGCCCUGCGCAACCUGCUGGCUCACAGGCCUGCCAAAUACCAGGCAGCAGCUACUGCUGUGUCCCCAGGCAGCUGUGCACCCAGCCUGUAUGUACGGAAGCAGCGGGCACUUGAGGCUGAGCUGGAUGCCCGACACUUGGCCCAGGCGCUGGACCACUUGGAGAAGCAGGGCCUGCCCAUGGCUGAGCCCAAGGCCACCUCCAAAAAGCCACUGCCGCCCCUGCGGCACCUGGAUGGCCUGGCCCAGGAUUAUGCCUCAGACUCUGGCUGUUUUGACGAUGAUGAUGCACCAUCCCUGGCUGCAGCUGCUGCCACUGCAGAACCAGCCAGUCCUGCGGUGCUGUCCCUCUUCCUGGGGAGUCCUUUCCUGCAGGGGCAGGCACUGGCCCGUACCCCACCUGCCCACCGUAGUGACUUAGAGGCUGAGAAGGAGGCGGGUGGGGAGGUGGCUGUGGCAGUCCAGGCCAAGGCCAAGCUGGCGCUAGCUGUGGCACGCAUUGACCGGUUGGUGGAGGACAUAUCUGCCCUGCAUACCUCAUCUGAUGACAGCUUCAGCCUCAGCUCUGGGGACCCUGGGCAGGAGGUGCCAAGAGAGGGCCGUGCACAGUCCUGCUCACCCUGCCGGGGCCCUGAAAGUGGGCGGCCAGGGGCAGGCAGCCGGGCACACCCGCUACUACGGCUCAAAGCAGCCCAUGCCAGUCUCUCCAAUGACAGCCUCAACAGUGGCAGCACCAGUGAUGGAUACUGCCCACGUGAGCACAUGCGUCCCUGCCCACUGGCUGCGCUGGCUGAGCACCACAAUGACCCACGAUGUGGGCAGGUUCGGCCUAGCCGGUUGGACCUUGAUUCCACAGGUGGCCAGUCUGAGUCCCCAGCCCAGGAGUCUGCACCCACUGAUGUCCACGUGCAUACCAUCAAGCUCUCACCAACAUACCAGCAUGUGCCACUGCUCGAGGGUGCACCCAGGGGCAGUGCAGGGCACCUUGCCAGUCAUGGUGCCUCCCCUGGGACCCGCAAGCAGGCCUGGCUGCCAGCAGAGACCCCAAACAAGGUGUUGGAGAAGCCAGCAGCUGUCCCGAUGCCUGUGGCCAGCAAGGUGCUGCAGAAGCUGAUGGUGCAGGAGGGUCCCCUCUCACUCUCCCGCUGCAGCUCCCUAUCCUCCCUGUCCUCUGCAGGGCACCCAGGCCCCAGUGAGGGUGGGGACCUGGAUGAUAGUGACUCUUCCCUAGAGGGGCUGGAGGAGUCUUGUCCCCAAGAGCCAGAGCUGGAUGGGGCAUGGCGGGUGUCUGGAGCGGCCUCUCUGCCCGUGGCCAUUCCUGCACCCCGGAGGGGCCGAAGCCAGGGCCUGGGGAUAGAGGACACCACACCAUCCAGCUCCUCCGAGAACUAUGUGCAGGAGACACCACUCGUGCUGAGCCGCUGCAGCUCAGUGAGCUCGCUAAGCAGCUUUGAGAGCCCAUCCAUCGCCAGCUCCAUCCCCAGUGACCCCUGCAGUGGGCUGGGCAGUGGCACCGUUAGCCCUAGUGAGCUGCCGGACAGCCCGGGGCAAACCAUGCCACCAAGCCGGAGCAAGACACCGCCGCUUGCACCUGUGCCACCAGGCCAGCAUGAAGCCAGCCAGUUUAGCCUGCAGUGGGAGAGCUAUGUGAAGCGCUUCCUGGACAUCGCUGACUGCCGGGAGCGCUGCCGGCUGCCUUCUGAGCUGGAUGCUGGCAGUGUCCGCUUCACCGUAGAGAAACCAGAUGAGAACUUCUCAUGUGCCUCCAGCCUUAGUGCACUGGCCCUGCAUGAGCACUAUGUGCAGCAGGACGUGGAGCUGCGGCUGCUGCCCCCUGCCUGCCCCGAGCGGAGUGGACGCUCAGGGGGCGCCAGCGUCCACUUUGUGGGGCACCGUCGGAAGGACGAGGGGCUGGUACCCACAGGCUCUCGUGCUGCUCGUUCCACUGCCGACCAAGACCUGGAGUUGCUGCACGAGUGUCUGGGGGCCGCUGUGCCUGCCCGCCUCCGCAAGGUGGCCUCAGCACUGGUGUCUGGCCACCGGGCACUGCCUGUGCCGGUAUACAUGCUAGUGCCCACCCCAGCACAGGAGGAUGACUCCACAGACUCAGCUGAGGGCACACCAGUCAACUUCUCCAGUGCCGCUUCGCUCAGUGAUGAGACACUGCAGGGACCCCCCCGGGACCAGCCCCAGGGGCUGGCAGACAGGCAGAGACCCACAGGCCACCCAACCAGACAGAAUGCUGGGCACCGCCACAAGGCAGGGGGCACAAGCCGGAACAUGGAGCAGGCCCGAGGGUCUGGCAGGACCCGGAAAGGGCUGGAGCUACCCCUAGGGCAGCCUUCGAGCACCCACUCAGACAAGGACAAUUUACACCCCAUCUGUGGGGAUGCAGGGCUGCAGUCACUAUGCCUCACAACGCCCACUGAGGAGGCUGUAUAUUGCUUCUAUGGCAACGACUCUGAUGAGGAGCCAGCCACCACCACACCAACCUUCCGGCAGGCAUCUGCCAUCCCCCGAGCUCUAACUCGGGAGCAUCCAGCAGGCAGGAAGGAGGCCCUAGCCAAGGCUGCCUUGCCUGCCCCAAUGCCAGCUCAGGCCCAGCUCAGUCUCAUUGCUGACGAGACACCCCCCUGCUACUCCCUCAGCUCCUCUGCCAGCUCCCUCAGUGAGCCCGAGCCCCCCAAACAGCCAGCUGGGCGUCCACGGAGCCAGGAGCCUACAGUCACCAAGGACCGGGGCCUGGGAGGUGGGCACAACAGCUCCCCCAAUCCUCAGGCUGAGGAAGAGCUGCUGCGCAGAUGCAUUGGCUCAGCUAUGCCCAGGCGCCGGCCCCCUGCACCUGUACUGCGGCGUCGGAAGCUCCGAGCUGCCAGGCCAGAUGAGCAGCCAGUAGAGUCCCCCCGGGAGUGCAGUGAGGAGGCGGCAGGUUCAGACAGGGCAUCCGACCUGGACAGCGUCGAGUGGCGUGCUAUCCAGGAAGGUGCCAACUCCAUCGUCACAUGGCUACAUCAGGCAGCGGCUGUCACUCGAGAGGCCUCCUCCGAGUCUGACUCCAUUCUGUCCUUCCCAUCGGGGGUGUCGGUGGGCUCUACCCUACAGCCUCCCAAGCACAGGAAAGGCCGACAGCUGAGGGAGAUGGGUAGUGCCCGGCUGCCAGAGAAACGAGUUAUGGCCUCGGCAGAAAGCAAGAACAGCCCUUACUCCCGUGGAGAGCCUGAGAAGCUGCGAAGUGCUCAGAAGACGGAGUCUCGGAUGCCAGCUGUGCUCCGAGGGCACACGGUUAUCUAUGUGCCCAGCCAAGCCACCCGGACCCAGCCCAAAGGUGCCCCUAGCCCCCGUGCCACACCGCGAAAGAUGGGACUUCCUGGUCCUGCACGGCCAGUGGCUCCAGUCAAAGCCCCCAGCCCCGGUCAGCAGCGUUCUCGGAGCCUGCACCGGCUGAGUAAGACCUCAGAGCUGGCGGCACUAAGUCAACCCCCUAGGAGCGCCACACCCCCUGCUCGUCUGAACAAGACCCCCUCCUCGAGCUCCUCCCAGACCUCGCCAGCCUCCCAGCCCCUGCCUAGGAAGUGCCUCCCGGCCCCACAGGCUGGGAGGCCCCUACCCGGCCCCAGGGCCUCCCCUGUGCCCAGGACGCCGGCGCGGGCUCUGCUGGCCAAGCAGCACAAGACCCAGAAGUCACCCGUGCGGAUCCCGUUUAUGCAGAAGCCGGCCAAACGGGGGCCGCCGCCGCUGGCCCGGGCGGCCCCAGAGCCGGGCCCCAGGGGCCGUUUGGGAGCUGAGGGGUCCCCGGGGACGCGCAAGGGCCGCCUAGGCCUGGUGCGCAUGGCCUCUGCCCGCUCCAGUGGCAGCGAGACCUCCGACCGUUCCGGCUUCCGGCGACAGCUUACCUUCAUCAAGGAGUCUCCGGGCCUGCUGCGGCGCCACCGCUCAGAACUGUCCUCAGCCGAGUCCACGGCCUCUGCCCCGCAAGGCGCCUCUCCCCGCCGAGGCCGGCCUGCGAUGCCCGCUGUCUUCCUCUGCUCCUCUCGCUGCGACGAGCUUCGGACCCCCCCGCGGCAGACCCUGUCCCCACAGCGGCCCCCAGCCGCGCGGCCCGGCCCCGGCGAGCGCGCAGCCCGGCGCCCCAGCUCUGAGAGUCCGUCCCGCCUGCCGGUGCCCACGUCGGCCACGAGGCCCGAGGCAGUGAAGCGCUACGCGUCACUGCCGCAUAUCAGCGUGGCGCGCGGUCCUGAUGGUGCCACCUCCGCGUCUCCUGGACCACCCGACGCCGCGCGCCGCAGCAGCGACGGGGAGGCCCGGCCCCUGCCCAGGGUGGCCGCGCGGGGUACCACUUGGCGCCGCAUCCGGGAUGAGGACGUGCCCCACAUCCUGCGCAGCACGCUGCCCGCCACGGCGCUGCCCCUCAGGGGCGCCAUGCCAGAGGAGGGCCCAGCCGGCUCCCAGCCGCGCAAAACCAGUGACGCGGUAGUCCAAACCGAGGAGGUGGCCACCCCUAAGAUCAACUCCAGCACGUCUCCGAGCCUGGAGAGCAGGGAGCCCCCGGGAGCCCCGGCCAGCAGUCAGGUCGCCUUCCGUGGCAGUGAUGUGGAUGGGCCCGGCCCCUCCAAGGCACCCAGCGCCACCCCCUUCGUCGUCCAUGAGGGCCUGGGGGUCGCUGUAGGGGUCUUCCCUGCCAGCCGGCACGGCUCUCCCAGCCGUUCGGCCCGCGUACCCCCCUUCAACUAUGUGCCCAGUCCCAUGGUGGCAGCUGCAGCCACUACCGACUCUGGGGCGGAGAAAGCCCCCGCCACCACCUCUGCCAGCUUCCUGGAAUAGCGGUCUCGCUGGCCUUCUGGAACCUUCUCUCCUGGCCCAGCAGUCCAGUGCGGCCGCCGGGGAGCCUGCUCUAUAGAUGCUCCCAGUAGGUUGCCCCAGGGCCUCUGUCCACUGAGUCCCAUCGCAGAGCCCCAGUAUCAUUUCGCCUCAUGGGAAGACCUCGCUGCUGUGCUGUGGGUGCUGCUGCUGGGCUCGAUCCCUUCCAUGGAACACAGGGGAGGGCACCCUGGCUGGCAUGUGGAGACCCCGGAGGCUCUGCUGUCACCAGCUCCAGCCUUCAAGCAAAAGCCUUCCCUCUCAAGAGCCACUGCCUGGCCUGGGCAAGGGUCAGCUCUAAGGGACGAUGGAGCCAUGGAGGGCCUGCCAGCGAUUAAGCUCUGAGAAGGCUGUAAUUACUGCAGCAGCGGGUAAUUUGUUAAUGAUGGCUUUUGGGGGCUUGUUUUCAUUCUGAGCCCCAGCUAGGGGAGAGUCGGGUGGGGUGUGUGGCUGAGCCCAACAGAAAUACACCCCCACCCAGAUGGUGAUGCCCAGGAAUCCUGGAGCCUACAUCCCAAGAAGAUGCCAAGAAGGGUGAGAGCCACUGGCUCAUCCUGCCCCCUGCAGCCCUCAGAGACUGGGGGCAGGUGGUGUGUGGAGGAUGGGAGAGAACCUGGUGCAGAUGCUGGGGGCCCGGCUCACAUGGGGCCUGCCCUGUGUUCUGGCUACAGGCCAGUGUCCUUGGACUACACCUGGAGAAGAUGCUGGCUGCCAGAUGGGUUGACCCCAGAGGUCACUAGAGUCAGGAUCAACCCAGCCCAGCUGUACUGGGUGAGGCAAAGGGAAAGAGACCUAGGAGAAUCCCAGUAUAGAGCCCCAGGGAGCUGGAACAUUGGGCCUUUAAUGGCCUCUACCCCUCCCCCCACAACUGCACUUUAUAAAGGUGGUUGGUGGGGAAUGCUGAUGGCUGUGCUGCUGGUGGUCUUAUUUUUUCAAGUCCUUUCUCAUUAUGACUUAAGACUGCUGGGACCUAAGAAUUCCAGGGACAGCACUGCUGGGAGCAGAACAGGAGGGUUGAGCCUCCUCCGCAGAGCUGGGGAAGCCUGAACUCAAUGCAAGGCUUUGAAAGGAAAUGGAAGCCCAGGGCCUGGUUGGCAGGACAUAUUGAGGCCAGGGCUGCUGAAGAUGCCAUGAACAAGGUACUAGAAAGUGUUUGGUGCCAGAUGAGGAGGAAGCAGAUAUUAAGUCUGGAGACUGCCCGAUACACUCACCCUCUCUUCCCAGCCACAGCAACUAGCACCCUCUCCAUGGCUCCACAGUGGCCUCUGAUCUGGGACCCCAGUGCAUGUGGUCAGUUCCAGCUCUGAGCAUGUCUUUCUGCAGAAAGAGCCAACUACCUCUUUCCUGCAGGAGCCCAGCUAUAGGAAGUGCUGCUCUUUGCACAGAUCUGCCUGCCACCACACUCUGUAGAGAGCUGCUCCCAAGGGGCAGACGCUGUUCCAUAUGCUGAUUCCCAGUCCCUUCUCUGGGAGGAGGGAAGUGGGGCUUGGGAGGCAGAUACAAGAUAGGGCACACCACCUACCCUCCUGUCCCGCUCAGCCUCUCUGACAGGACUUGUCUUCAACUUUGGCGUCCUUGUGAACGAUGCCUACUUCAGAGAUAACAUGCUGCUGCUACUAUAAACAUCAACUGUGUUAUUAUAAGUCUCCAAAAUGUUGUGUCCUGUAGGACUGAUGCUCGGGGCUCUGCCUGGACUUCAUCAUCCUUAAAUCACCAACAAGGGGCCAGAGGCACCACAUGCUUACUGGUAGGACCUUGCUGGCAGGCAGGGCUCUGUCCUGCCAGUGACUGAACAGGGAGACCUCCCCCUACCAGGAGCCUCUUCAGGACCCAGCAGAGGGUGGCCCCUCUGGAACUCCCUUCCCCCACCUACAGCCCAAGGGAACAGACUGGUGGUCUCUCCUGAGCCUUCAGACUCAACCAUGGGCCAGCUAGGCAGUAGGGAAACAGCAGGCAGUCCCAUGCCACCCAGCUGCAGAGGUGCAGCCCCAUCUCACAAGAGUCCCUGGGUGCUCUCACUGCCCUGUCUCCAUCUUCCCAUGUAGGUCAUGGGGUGAACUCUCAGAGCUACCUCAGGCUAGCAGGGCAGCUGCUGAGGGAGACCAUGCCUUGCACUGCUCCCAGAACCUGGGUCUGGUGGGACACUGCCCAUGCCACUUCCCCUUGCUGAAUGCUGGGUCAGCAGCAGUGAUCUUGGGACUCCCACCAACCAUUCUCCUGACAUAUCCCAAGUCUGCGGUCACUUCUGCUUUCUUCACCACCUGCAGCAGGGGGCAUGGCCAUUCCCUGCCAUCUUUGGACAAUCAACUGGAAGCUGGAGCUAAAAGCCAAGAGUCUUAUGACCCUGCUCAGUCACUGGCCUCUCUGCACCUGGACCAGCCCCAGGGGAACUGAGGGUCUGAUGUCCUGAGUGAUGGACAAUGACAACCACCUGACCCCACCACAUCUGGGUGCUGAACUCGGGGUGUGACCCCCCCCCCACUCACGCACUCUUCCUGAACAGCCGACAGCAUUACCUCAUCCUACUCGGCACGACUCAAACCUGGUCUGUCUCUGGUUCACCCUGUUGCCACCCUGUCUUUGUACUAGGUCUCUGCAGUGUUAAAGGGACAUGUAAAUAGCUAAUUUACCCACUAAAUGUAAAGCCAUCUGUCGGCGGAAGACAAUAUGCAGUCAGCUCUCGGACUCCUGCGCACCUUUAAUAAACUGAGCUGUUCAAUCAC